CGAAGGAAGAACUGGUGAAUCUGGGUUUGAGUGUUGUAGAUUGUGCGCCAAGAAGCAAAAACAGAAUUCACUACAGGAAAAAUGGGAUGGGUCUGGAGAGGCGACGACGACGAACCUAAUCACUCGAAUUCCUUUGAUUUAGCAGAAUUUCAAAACCCUAAAGUUAACCCUAGCUCCGAUUCAGCCGAUCGUUGUUCGACUAGGAAAAUUGUGCAAUCCAAAUGCAACACUGAGGAGGUUGAGCCUGGUAAAUUCGUCAGAAAGUGCGAGAAAACCGAGCAAAUUCUCAAGGAUUGCGUCGGAAAGCCUACUGAAAUUGUGGAAUCAAACAAAGAAUACACAGAAGAAGAUGUGACUGAUGAGAUGAAGAAAGAGUCGUUUUUCCCAUCCAAUGAUAUGAUGCGACCUUUUGAAUUCCCUGGACUCCGCAGUGAUCUUGAGGCUGUGGAACGCAGUGUCUUUGGGGGUAUCAGCCGUUUCUUUGAAGCUGCUGAGGAGAUGAGAAAUGAGUUCUCCCGUUUAAUGGAUGAUCCAUCUACAUUUGGGGGGUCUUCAUCAUCACCAAGGAGGCAGGAAAUACCCACUGAUGGCCAUAUUCUGAAGGAACAAAAGAUAAUUCCAAACAACUCAGACUCUGGGAAUGUUGAUCUUUCUGGACUGGCUAGGGAUGUCUGAUUCUAUCGAGUUUUUUUUUCCACACCUUAUAUUCUGACAUUUGUAGAAGGACAUGUAUGCUGUACUUCAUUUCAAAACAAUAAAUAUCGUGAACGCAUGAAUAUCAGCUAGGUUAUUGUACAGUUUUGCAUUGCUAGGCCUUUUGUUUUCAGUUUGCAAGAACGAUUAUUGUUGACCAAGAAUUGAAAAUUUUAUAUUGUUGGACUUGACCUAAAGAUUGUGCUAGAGAUGUGGAGGGCUGAUCUUUAGCAAGCAUGUCUCUAGUUCUCUCUUCAUUAUUGAUUUGUAAAGAUCUAAGAGCUUAGUUUGUA